UCUCAGACUGCGCCCCGGCAGGCUGCUCGCUGGGUGCCGCGCCGUGUGCUGUAAGGAAAUGCGUUCCUGGGACGACCUCUCUCCGUUCCCAAUGCUUCUUCCCUCCUGGUUACCGGGCGUUGCGGCCGGCAUUGCCUCCUUGCAUCUCAUCCAGAAACUUCUCUUCCCCUACUUCUGGGCUGAUCUGAGAUACUUGCUGAAGGUGCUGCUUUAUGGGCUGAGAGUGGAGAGCUACAGGCAGAGAGGGAAGGUUGUCACCGUGCUGGACAAGUUUGUGAAGCUGGCUGAGAAGCAGCCCCGCAAAGCAUUCCUCAUCUAUGAUGGGAAGGUGCUCUCGUACCGGGAUGUGGACAGGCGCAGUAACAGGGUAGCGCAGGUUUUCCUUCACCACGGCACUCUGAAGAAGGGUGACACGGUGGCCCUGCUGAUGGGCAACGAGCCUGAUUUCAUCCACGUGUGGUUUGGACUGGCCAAGCUCGGAUGCGUGGUGGCUUUCCUCAACUUCAAUGUCCGCUCCAGGUCUCUCCUGCAUUGUCUCACUAGCUGUGAACCCAAGAUAUUGAUUGUGGGAGCAGACUUGCUUGGAACUUUAGAAGAAAUUCUUCCUAACCUCCCGAAAGACAUCAGUGUUUGGGUAAUGUCCAAGGAUUCCACUUUUCCAAGUGUGCAUAGCCUUUUAGGCAAAAUGGAGGCUGCAUCUGAAGACCCUGUUCCAGUUAGUCGACGCUCUGCCAGUAACCUCAGAUCUUCCGUUUUAUAUAUAUUUACUUCAGGAACAACAGGUCUUCCAAAGGCUGCAGUCAUCAGUCACAUGCAAGUUCUUAAAGGAGCUGCUGGACUCUGGGCUUUUGGUGCUACUGCAGAAGACAUAAUUUAUAUUACUCUGCCUCUUUAUCACAGUGCAGCAUCUCUUCUUGGUAUUGGUGGAUGUAUUGAAUUAGGCGCAACGUGUGUCUUAAGAAAGAAGUUUUCAGCUAGUCAGUUCUGGAGUGACUGCAAAAAGUACAAUGUGACUGUCAUCCAGUACAUUGGAGAACUUUGCCGCUACCUUUGCAGCCAACCGGUGGUAAGUGGCAAAGAUGAUGGCAAUUCAUCUAAAGAUGAAGAGAAAAAUCACAAAGUCAGACUAGCAGUUGGAAAUGGAGUAAGAAAUGAUGUAUGGAGAGAAUUCUUAGACAGAUUUGGUGCUAUUAAGAUCUGUGAGUUUUAUGGCGCCACUGAAGGAAACAUUUGUUUCAUGAACCACACAGGAAAAAUUGGAUCUGUUGGACGCACCAAUUUCUUUUAUAAGCUUUUCUUCCCAUUUGAUUUAAUCAAGUAUGAUUUCCAGAAAGAUGAACCAAUUAGAAAUAAGCAUGGUUGGUGUGAGAAAGUUAAGAGAGGUGAGGCUGGUCUUCUCAUUUCCCAAGUGAAUGCAAAGAACCCCUUCUUUGGCUAUGCUGGCAAUAAGAGACACACAGAAAAGAAGUUACUCAGUGAGGUAUUUAAGAAGGGUGAUCUUUAUUUUAAUACUGGAGACCUAAUGGUUCAAGAUCAUGAAAAUUUCCUGUAUUUUUGGGACAGGAUUGGAGAUACCUUCAGAUGGAAAGGAGAGAAUGUUGCAACAACGGAAGUUUCUGAUGUCAUUGUUAUGAUGGAUUUCAUACAAGAAGCAAAUGUGUAUGGCGUAUCAGUACCAGGCCAUGAAGGAAGAGCUGGAAUGGCCUCUCUUAUUUUAAAGCAGAAUAAAGCAAUCAACCUGGAGCAAUUGUAUAAACAAGUAGUGACAUAUCUCCCAGGUUAUGCCUGUCCUCUUUUUCUAAGAGUCCAGGAAACAAUGGAAAUGACUGGAACUUUCAAACAACAAAAAUUUAGAUUAGUGGACGAAGGUUUUAAUCCAUCUACCAUUACGGAUCCUCUUUAUUUUUUAGAUAAUUCCAAGCAAACAUAUAUCUUGUUAACCAAAGAAGUAUAUGAGAGAAUCUUAUCUGGUCAAAUCAAACUUUAAUUAACCCAAUGAAAAGCUAUUAAGGGACAGUUUCUAUGAGCUACUAUGUGAAAAGCAGUAAAAAUUAUUACCAAUAUUGAUAUGUUAUCUAGAUUAAUAUUUCAUGUAGUUCAUAUUUUCUUUCAAACAUGUAUUGUACCUUUCCUCACUUACCUUAGUUCACUAGUAAUUUACUACCACUUGAGAUCAAAUACAAGUAAAGAACCUGUAAAACAAAAAUGAAAUUUUAAUUUUAGAACAUAAGUGCUGAAUCUGAUAGCUUUUCUUAGAACUAAAGGAACAUGUAUGAUACAAAGUAAAAAAGAUCAAACAUAACAAAAGUGUACUGACAGAAGCUGCUAUUAAUUCUAUGCAGACAAACUAUGCCAGCAACAUAUUUGUAAAUGUAUCUAAUAUAUACUUUCAAAUAUUUGCUUUAGAAAAUAUAGACUUGGAAGUGGUUAGAAGAAAAAUCUUACAUGGAGGAGUUUUAUAAUGGAACAUAAAACAAAAGGGGAUGAAACAGAAGAAAACCCUCCAAACAAAGCUGAAAUUAAAGAAUUUAUACAAAGAUCACUACUGAGCCUGCUAGUCCAUACUCUUUCAUGUGUUGAACUGACUCUUUAGAGAGUCAAAGUAUGAAGACAGACCAAACUGUUGUGAAGUGUUUGGCAACAGAUUAAAAGUAGACAGUGUCCACACUUAAUGGGAAAAAAAAAAAUCACUCAUGUAGGAUUGUAUAAUCAACGAGUAUACAGGUGUACAAUCAAUAACUAUACAGGCAAGUUAGGCCGGAAAGAUUAUUGCGUUAGAGCAGGAUAACCAGAAAUGAAUGGAAAGCUUGCCCACAUCCUGGGCUUGCAGAAAAAGACUACAAGAGGAACAAUCUCCGGAAAGAGAUCCUUCCUUAGUGGCAGUCAGCUCUUAAAUGAGGUCUUAAAUGAGGGGCUCCACCCCUUGUGCUCACACUGGAUUGCCUUCACCCGUGCUCCCGCAGCCGCAGCUGACUCAUUGCUUGCCUCAGGGGAUCAAUCAGAGGUUCAGGCCGUGACUCAACAGUUCCCAUACAAGCAUAAGAAGAAUGAUUUGUGUUCUACGUUACGCAUAUUGACUAACAAUAUAAAAAUAUAAAAAUAGCCUCUUUACUCUUACUAGUGUCUGCCAGAGAUUAUUAUUUCCUGGGUCUAAAAUAUUGCAGAUUAAAAACAAAUUCUUAAUCAUAUAUUCUCAUGCCAUUCUUUACAAAAUUAAAAAAAAAGAUUAUUUAAACAAAUUUUGCAUCGUCUGUUUAAGACUGAUUACUUAUGUACUUGUUAAUAGUAUGCUUUAAAUACUUUUUAAUAGUUUAUUUUAAUACCGUGGUUCAGUGCACUCUUCAAAUAAUAAAAAUAAUGGGACAGUGUUAUCCUGUAAUGGAUUGUGGCCAUUACAAAAGCUUCUGCCAAAUGCUUUUCGCAGUGCUGAAGAGUUAAAUCACAUGCUCAAUUUUGAUGCUAGAUUUACGAGUUUGACUUAUUUUGCUUUACAAAAUCUGGUACUGUUUAAGACUAAUGUAGAUGUUCUACCAUUGAGAAUGAGAAUAAAAGAAAUAUCAA